UUGAGGCGUUUUGCCUGAGUUUGGAAAACAUUAGGGAAGGACUGCCUUCAAACUAUUAUGCACACAAUCUGUUAACAUAUGUACACAUUUCCUUGUGACAUGGUAGAGAAGUGCAUAGAGUAUUUAUAGGAACAGGCUUUUAUAACGCUAUCAGCGGACUCGAGCAAGUAUGGAAAUCGAUGGGAAUUCAUUGUUUGUGGAGAUUCACCCACAUCAUCAUGAAGUAGGAAUAGCAAAGCGACUGAAACUUUUUUGAUCAGUGCGCGGAGUGUUUUUAUUCUUUAUAUUUUAAAUUAAUACAUUUGAAAUUAAUAAAAGAAAAAUCGGUGUGUUUUUAAUCAAAGACAAGUGGAAAAGAAUUCAAGCGAGAGCCUGUGAGAAAAGAAGCUGUCCCAUGUAACGAAACGUAAUCGUUUAAGUUUGUUUUUAGCUAGUUUUAGAGAUUUUUUUGUAGUCCUAGUUUUUGUACAAAUACUAUAUCAUCAAUUGAGUGUAUAUAAGGCGCCCGAUAUAUCUUUUGAAGCCAUGUCUUAGAGAAAAUUGUAAGCGGUUUUAACAAGUUUUAAGAAGUUGUUUUGGCUACUACACCAAAGAUGAGGUCUUCUUUGGCUCCCGGCAUUAGACUGAUCACGUCCUUCUCAAGAGACAGCUGGUACCGAGGUUUCACCCUCUUCCUCACCUUCCUCUUCUAUACCAGCUACCAUCUCUCCCGGAAACCCAUCAGCAUCGUUAAGAGUCAGCUGCACAGAAAUUGUUCCACCCUCAUUCGACCUCCAAACCUCAAUGGAACUGACAAUGAAACCUGGUGUGACUGGGCGCCCUUUGACCAGGACAACUACCAGACACUGUUUGGAGCCGUGGACAACUCCUUCCUGGUUGCUUAUGCCAUUGGCAUGUUUUUCAGUGGGAUAUUUGGAGAGCGCGUGCCCCUGCGCUACUACUUGACCAUCGGUAUGCUUCUCAGUGGUCUCUUCACGUGUCUGUUUGGCCUGGGCUUCUACUUGAACAUCCACUCAAUAUGGUACUACGCCUUCGUCCAGGCAAUGAAUGGACUGGUGCAGACAACGGGCUGGCCUGCAGUGGUGGCCUGCGUUGGGAACUGGUUUGGAAAAGGGAAACGAGGGUUCAUCAUGGGUGUCUGGAACUCCCACACCUCGGUAGGCAACAUCCUGGGCUCGCUCAUCGCUGGCGUCUUCGUAUCCUCGGCCUGGGGCAUGUCCUUCAUCGUGCCUGGCAUCAUCAUCGCCUCCACUGGCGUUCUCUGCUUCUUCUUCCUGGUGGAGAAACCAGAAGAUGUCGGUUGCAGCCCUCCGCAACACCAUGAGGACAAUGAGAAGGAGCCUCUCUUACAGAACUCAUACAGUAAUGAGGAGAUCUUCAGCAGUCCUGGCCAGUCCAACUCUAUCUCCUCUGAGCCGGCAGAGGAGCACACCAAGGCCAUCAGCUUCUGUGGGGCCCUCAGGAUACCUGGCGUGAUGGAGUUCUCCCUCUGUCUGCUGUUCGCUAAGCUCGUUAGCUACACUUUCCUCUACUGGCUUCCUCUCUACAUUGCUAACGUUGCCCAUUUUGACCCCAAGGAAGCUGGGGACAUGUCAACACUAUUUGAUGUAGGAGGAAUUGUUGGGGGCAUCGUGGCUGGACUGGUGUCGGACCAAACUGGGGGCAGAGCCUCUACCUGCUGUGUCAUGUUAAUCCUGGCUGCCCCUAUGCUGUUCCUGUUCAACCACAUUGGACAGCAUAGCCUAGCAACCACAAUCGGGAUGCUGUUGGUGUGCGGAGCCCUGGUGAACGGCCCCUACGCCCUCAUCACCACCGCUGUGUCUGCUGACCUGGGGACGCAUGAGAGCCUGAGAGGAAAUUCUAGAGCGUUGUCAACGGUCACUGCAAUUAUUGACGGCACGGGGUCAAUAGGUGCCGCCCUAGGUCCUCUGUUAGCAGGGCUGAUCUCUCCGACGGGAUGGAACAAUGUCUUUUUCAUGCUGAUCACUGCUGAUAUACUCGCCUGUUUGCUGCUGUCCAGGCUAGUGUAUAAAGAGGUGAGGGGCUGGUGUGGACACAGCCCCAGACAUAGAGGGUUCAAAGAAAUCUGAGUGGCCACCUGGGACAAGAGACUGUAUCACACCUGCGAGGAUGGGCGCAGGAAAAAUGACCCAGUAAUAAUCCCUGAGGCACACCAUGAUUCAUACGGUACUAGUCCUUUCAUCCUUCAGCCUUAAUGGGUCCAGACCUCGUCCCCAGUGGAUGAAAGGAGCUGAAAAAGGAGGAAGGGGCCAUUGAUAUUCUGGGACCGUCUGACAGAGAGAACAUGUCCCUUCCUCAAGUGACCGCAAAGCUCUUUCUCUUUUAAACCCAAAAAAUACACUUUAAUUUUUUUUUUUUAAUAGACUGUCUCUCUUAUAGCCCCUCUCAGUGCAGUGUGCAUCUUUCAUGUUUUAGCAUUACAAUUCUGUGCACACUGCCUUUCCCCAAUCUCCCCUCCAGUUGACAUCAUUUUGCACAGCCGGGGGAUGCCAAACUACAUAAGCAGUAAAGGAGGAGUUUCAAGGUAAUCAAGGGCUGUGGAGGUGAAUGUCAUCACCAACAAAAACACAACAGAUAAGGAAACAUUUGCUGACCGAUCUAUAAAAAGAAAAAAAAAGAAAAAUCUCAGACACCAUCACAUUAUUCCAUUUGUCUCUGAUGCAAAUGGUUGUUGAAAUGUUUAUUGAUCAAUGAUUAGAAGUUAGUUUGUAUCCACCAUGUGCACUUCGUUGUUUUGUUUUUGACUCCACCCCUCCUAGCCGGCCUCGUCGUCAAUUUUGAGCAGGGUGUGUGAUGCUACUGAUGGUUUGUCGGGACUAAUAUUUUUUACGGUUGUGGCUAGAUAAAGAGUUCCCAAACUUUUUUGGCCCACGACCCCUUUAGAUUUUUUUUGUGAUUUUUAAUUGUCUAUAACCGUCUAUUACAAAUCAAUCUGACAGUACCUUUGACAGUAUUUCAAUCUGAAGGAAGUAUGGUUUGAAGUGACUGAAAUGCAUCAGAAAGGUAUUGGGAAGUUCAGAAGAUCAUCACGCAAUAAUUCUGUGUAGAAAAGAACACCAUCAUUGAUGUUCUUUUCCCACCCAGUUUGAUUUAGUUAGCGCCUAGUCUUUUGUACUCUGUUCUAAUGAAUCCUGCGUGGCUUGUGGGCAUUGUAGAGGAAAACAUACGUGUUUUUUAGAGUCUUAUCUUUCAGUGAUGGGGUUAUAAUAUUUUGUAGCUUAAACCAUUCAAAAGAUAGAGCCACAUUUGUAGAAAGAGAACAGAAACCGCUCUGUUUAUUACAACUAAAACUAGCAGCUUCUAUGAACUAAGCAAGAUUUCAGACUUUCUCUUGCGACCCCCAUUGGGAAACGGUGGGCUAGAUGGAGUUCAGCUACGGAGAGAAGUUUCUGUACAUAGCAGGUUAGGAGAGUUCAUUUAGCAGGUUAGGAGAGUUCAUUUAGCAGGUUAGGAGAGUUCAUUUAGCAGGUUAGGAGAGUUCAUUUAGCAGGUUAGGAGAGUUCAUUUAGCAGGUUAGGAGAGUUCAUUUAGCAGGUUAGGAGAAUGAAGUUAAGGUUAGGAAAAGGGUUGGGCUUAGCUAAAAUGCAACGGUUGUCAACAACUGUUGUCCUCGACGCGACAUCUAGAUGGAGCUGUACUCCAUCUAGUCACAAUCGUAGGAACCGUCUCUCCCGACAAACCAUCGGUAUCAUAACAGGGGCUUUUGACUUUUGCCGUCGGGCUCCUAAAUUGCAAGUUGAGCGCCAACUCCUCCCACGCGACCAACAAACGAGCUCACCCAAUGUUUUCAAGUGGGACUUUGAUUGUAAAUGUAUCCCUUUUAGUGGCACGCUACCUACUCUCCUACAUAUUUAUUUGGCAUAGAAGCUAAAAUGUAAUUUGGCUCUAUACUCCAGCUUUUUGGAUUUGAAAUCAAAUGAGCCGACAAUACAUAAUGUCACCUUUUUAUUUUGGGGUGUUUUCUGUUUAACUAUUUAGAAAUGAAAGCAUUUUAUGUAUCUAGUCCCCCCAUUUUUGAAGGUGUCAUACGUUUUUAGACAAAUUCACUUAGUGUAUUACAUUUAUUCAAGUUUAGUAUUUGGUCCCAUAUUCCUAGCACACAAUGGCUACAUCAAGCUUGAGACUAAACAUUUGUUGGAUGCUUUUGCUGUUUGUUUAGGUUGUGUUUCAGAUUAUUCUGUGCCCAAUAGAAUGGUAAAUAAUGUAUUUUGUCAUUUUGGAGUCACUUCUAUAGUAAAUAAGAAUAUGAUAUGUUUCUGAACACUUCUACAUUAAUGUGGAUGCUUCCAUGAUUCCAGAUAAUCAUGAAUUAAUUGUGAAUAAUGAUGAGUGAGGAAGUUAGAGGCAUAAAUAUUAUACCUCAACCUCCCCUGUUAUUGAUAAUGAUGAGAGGUUAGAAUUUUUUUAGGGGCAUGAUCUUUGUGCGUCUAACUUUCUCGCUCAUCCUUAUUCACCCUCAAAUAACAGGUCACAUUCUGUCUUGUAGGGUCAUAUAAAACAUUUAAUAUCAAAUCCAAAAUGCUGGAGUAUAGAGCUGAAUGUAAAAGUUUUAGCUUCACUGGCCAAGUAAAUACCUAGGGGACCAGUGUCCGUAUUCCUUUUUUUUUUUAAUGAAUUGAUGUUUCAUUCUUUGUAGAUAUUUAUUUUUUGUUGACAUUUUAGUCAUUUAGAAGACUCUCUUAUCCAGA